GUUCAGCACAUGUACAGCAGCAGAAGCGAGAUGCUACUGAGGAAAAUAUAAACUUGUGCUGCUCUUCCUCCUCAUUUAAAGUCUUUGUUUGUUUAAAUAAGUAUAAUAAUCUCCUGCUGUCGAGACUCCGCGAGGGAUGAGCCAUGAAGAACCGCGGCGGUUAUAAUAUUGACCCGAGACUCAAACACAGAGUCCAUCAGUACCUGAAAACACGUAAUGAUCAGUAUGUGGACGUUUCAGCGAUGGCGUCUGAGCUUCAGCAGCAGUUCCGGAUCGAGUACGGCCGGAGGAACAGGACGGCUUUCAGGAUUCAGGUGGAGAAAGUGUUUGCGGUGAUAUGCAGCGAGUCUGAUUCUGAAUUCUCUGCUCUGGAAAACAAACAUCUGGCCAAAAGAGCGAGACGCAGCCCAGAGGACGGCGAUGGCAGUCACAUCACAGGAUCCAGCACAGACAGCGAGGACGAUAUUCCUGAGCAUGAACACACGAAUCACAUGAACAGUUCCCUGACGUCGCUGUAUCAGAGAGGAGCAGCAAACGCCGGCAGCAGCUCGACUCCUCAGAGGAGCCUAAGUGAUGACUGGAUCAUUGAUAAAACAGGAGACCGAGGACAGGAGAGCAUCCUCAUCGAUCUGUGUGAGGAAGAGUCCUCCAAUACUACGAAUCAGAGAGAUUCAUCAAAGCUGGAGAAGGAAAAGAAGUCAAAGAGUGUAAAGCAGAAGAGGCAGAAGAAGAACAAACUGGAGGAGGAUUCAGAAAGCAGUGCUGGAGUACCAGCUAAAAAGAGUAAGGCGAAGGGGUUCGAGCUUCAGUUCUCCUCAGUCAAGUUUGAGGAUUUCGGUGGCAGUGAUGAAACUCUGGAGGAGGUGUGUAAGCUGCUGAUCCACAUGAGGCACCCAGAGGUGUACCAGCGGCUCGGUGUGGUUCCUCCACGUGGGUUCCUGCUGCAUGGCCCGCCCGGAUGCGGGAAAACACUGCUGGCACAGGCUGUGGCUGGAGAGACCGCUCUGCCGCUGCUGAAGGUGUCUGCUCCAGAGCUGGUGUCUGGAGUGUCUGGAGAGUCUGAGCAGAAGCUGCGGGAGCUGUUCGAGCAGGCCAUCAGCUGCGCGCCCUGCAUCCUCUUCAUCGAUGAGAUCGACGCCAUCACACCCAAACGAGAGACGGCAUCUAAAGACAUGGAGCGGAGGAUCGUGGCGCAGCUGCUCACCUGCAUGGAUGACCUGAACUCGAUGUUGGAGCCAGCUCAGGUGUUGGUCAUCGGAGCCACGAACCGUCCGGACUCGUUGGAUCCGGCUCUGCGGCGUGCCGGGAGGUUUGAUCGUGAAAUCUGUCUGGGGAUUCCUGAUGAGGGCGCGCGGAUGAAGAUCCUGAAGACUCUGUGCCGUAAAAUCAGGCUGCCGGACGACUUCGACUUCAGACAUCUGGCGCGGCUCACUCCGGGGUAUGUGGGAGCAGAUUUGAUGGCGCUGUGUCGAGAAGCAGCGAUGAACGCUGUUAACAGAAUACUGCUGGAGCCCACCGCUGAAGACCAGACCACACCGACAUUAGCUCUGGCUCGUCUGCUGGAUCUCCUGAAGAGCAGUGUUUCUCUGAGUGAGGAUCAGCUGGAGGCUCUCUGCGUCCUCAUGUCAGACUUCAGCUCUUCAUUAGCCAGAGUCCAGCCAUCUGCUAAACGCGAGGGGUUCGCUACGGUGCCGGACGUCACCUGGGCUGAUGUCGGAGCGCUGCAGGACGUCCGUGAGGAACUCCACAUGGCCAUCAUGGCUCCCAUCCAAAACCCGGAGCAGUUCAAGGCUCUGGGUCUGAGCGCCCCUGCUGGACUCCUGCUGGCCGGACCCCCCGGAUGCGGAAAGACCCUGUUAGCCAAAGCCGUCGCUAAUGAAUCCGGCUUAAACUUCAUCUCUGUCAAGGGCCCAGAGCUGCUGAACAUGUAUGUGGGCGAGAGCGAGCGCGCCGUGCGGCAGGUCUUCCAGAGAGGCAGAAACUCAGCGCCCUGCGUCAUCUUCUUCGAUGAGAUCGACGCUCUCUGUCCUCGCCGCUCUGAACACGAGUCAGGAGCCAGUGUCCGUGUGGUCAAUCAGCUGCUCACGGAGAUGGACGGUAUGGAGAAUCGCAGACAGGUUUUCAUCAUGGCUGCCACUAACAGACCCGACAUCAUUGACCCGGCUGUGCUCAGACCAGGACGACUGGACAAAACUCUGUAUGUGGGUUUACCGCCCGCCGCUGACCGACACGCCAUCCUCAACACCAUCACUAAGGGUGGAACCAAACCCCAGCUGGACUCUGAUGUCAGUCUGGAGGAGAUCGCCCAUGAUGCUCGCUGCGAGACGUUCACAGGUGCAGAUCUGUCAGCGCUGGUGCGAGAGGCGUGUGUGAACGCUCUGAGAGUUCACCUGGACCCCACACAAACACACACAGAGUCAGCGAAGGACAUCAGAGUGAGCAGAGUUCACUUUGAAGACGCCUUCAUGAAAGUGCGACCGUCAGUGUCCAAGAAGGACCAGUUAAUGUAUGAAAGACUGCGAGAAACCCUGAGCAGAUGACCAGCGACUAACACUCGUGCACUAUAAUAAUGCUGAUCCUCCAUCAGUGCUGCUCACUGA